UCACCUCAGGGAUGCUGUUAGACAGCACUUGAUCGCAUUUGUAGUGUAGGCGUCGUCGGGGGAGCUGCUGGAAGAGAACAUGCUGCCGGGCUGAACACUCUCUGGCCUCGCGGAGUGCUUUCCUCGGUGGCUGAAACGGUUUCCCGAAGCGAAGUGAAUCCGAACUACGAAGAGAAUUUAUGCGGCUGUUAAACCUGCCCGUUUUGGAAUGACAGACAAAAUGGAAAUCAAACGAAAACAACUUCUAUCAAAGCGAUGUCAUUUUACCUUGGGGCUGAUGUGUUUGUUUUUGUCUGCUGACGCUUAUGAAUGUCCAGAUACCUGCUACUGUGAGAACCGAACCGUGACCUGUGUGGGCACGGAACAGAUCAAACUACCUCUCGAACUGCCGAGAAGGACCCAAACCUUAACUUUGAGCGGAAAAAAUAUCUCCGUUUUAACCGACAGAGCGUUUUCGGCCAACGGGACAGGUGUGGAUUUGCUCGCGCUGUCAUUGGAAGACAACAACAUAGAGGAGAUUAAAAGUUGUGCGUUUUGUGGACUCCCCGAACUUCUUUCCUUAGAAUUGAGUUACAACCGUUUAAUGGUUGUGACUCCAGAUGCUUUUAAUGAGUUGGGGCAGCUGCGUUAUCUUUACCUCAGGAACACCUUAAUGGCUUCGGGCGCGCGCCAAUUACGAAGCGCGCUCUCAACGGACAGCUUGUCUAAUCUUCAGACACUGGACCUGUCUGGAAACCGUUUGAAAGCAAUUCCUCUUUCUGGGUUUGGUAACCUCAAUUUAACCACAUUAAUACUGACAAAUAAUUCCAUCGCCACCUUGGAUAAACACGAUUUACAAAAAUUGAAUGAAUUCAAAGAAAUAAGUGUUCACUUAUCACAGAACCCGUUCGAGUGCAAAUGUGACAAACUGAAGGAUUUUUAUGAUUGGCUUAAGAAUAGCAACCAAUGCGUAGACUUGGAAACCCUGAAAUGUGCGCAACCCGAAGAGAAGAAGGAUAAACCUCUGGUGAACGUAUGCAAACCACAAGACUUGGGUUCUUAUGUGCUUCUCGGCAUUGUGCUAGCCCUCAUCGGAGUUGUGUUCCUCAUGGUGUUGUACUUGAACAGGCGAGGCAUUAAGAGGUGGCUAAAUAACAUUAGAGAGGCCUGCCGGGAUCAAAUGGAGGUGUACCAUUACAGAUAUGAACAGGACUCCGAUCCGAGACUAGCAAACGUUGCCGUUUAAGCGGAACCACGUGACACUGUUUCCUUGAACUUUACUGACACACUAUGGCAAUGAAACUGGAGGAACUGUGGCUUUUUGUCUGUCAGCUUCGAAUAAGCUGACCGAUUAAACUUUAAACAAAUAAACUAACUUUAUUGCUGUCUCGUUUUAAAUGUUGCGCCCUCGAGGGCGUUGAAAUGAGACAGCAUGUUUUAUGAUAAUAAUGGACCUGGAAUUUCAAUAACUCAUCUUGGACUCAUGGGCGUGUCCAAAUUUAUUUAUUUAUUGUCCAAUACUAUGUUGUUGAAAACGAAAAUGCCCCCCAAACUGCCUGUAACUGUCAAUAGAAGGGGAUGGGUUUUUGCUAGUUAAAAAUACCAUUGAGAUGAAUGGGAGUGCUAAUGGAUGGCUUUCUUAGAUAUUAUAGAUCUCAUAGAAAAUAGCAAAUCAUGGUUCAAGACUGUGACAAACUGACCCCUAUUGGCAUUUUUUUCAUUAGCGAAAAAUUAGUUUCAACUUUAAAGACAGGAAAGAAAACAGGUUAAGCGAUUUCAUUGCUGAAGUGUUCAUUUGUAUGAGGCUAUGGAAUGCAGGCGGUUUAGCUGUAAAUACAUUUAUCAGUUUCUAAAAAUAAUACUAAGACUUAAAUAACAAUCCCAAAUAAUAUAGAAAAAUGCAGGAUAUAACCUUAAUGCUUCCCUCAAUGCAGUUACUUACUGAAUCAAACAGUAAAUGUAAGCAGCAUACAAAAUAUACAAUAAUGUCCCUUAUAAUACUAAAUAACUAUAGGUAUUAAUGAAGUACAAAUGCAAAAUGUUCAGAUUUUGUGACAUAGUAUGAGAAUGUUUAAGUACAUUAUGGUGAAAGUAUAUGCACUAACAGUAUAUGCACUUCCUGGAGAACUGCUUGAAUUGUUCUUAUUUUUUAUUUAUUUAUGUUUUACCCCAUGUAACCUUCUGUACAGUGCCAAUUUCAGACACUCUUGGUGUCGAGUGUGAGACACAAUGACAUGAGUCCUUUUUUUCUUGGCUAUGUUUAAUCUUUUUGUUAAUGUGUAUGGAGAUUUGACUGCAAAAGAUGUACAAUUCUACAACCUUCUUCAAAUCUUUCAAUUACUGUGAUACAGCUCAGAUACACUUGUGAUGAAAUUACAAUAUAGAGCAGUAACAUAAUACCAUUUUAUAAAGAAAUGACUUGCAUCCUCAAUACAACUCAAGAUAUCCUCAAUGAAA